CGCGCGCGGACCCCGGAAGUGGAGCCGGAGGGGGGCGGGCGGCGCCGCGCGCGGCGCCAGGACCCCAAGACGGCGGCGCGUUCCCCGGUAACGGCGCCGCGCCCGCCCCGCCCCGCCCCGUCGGCGACGGGCGCCAGAUUGUUCUUUGAAGAUUAAUGUACGUUUUCCUCAGUAUUUCCAUUCUGUUGACAAUUUGUGUAGUGAUGGCUCAGCUCCAGCAAGGAGGCCCAGAUGAAAAAGAGAAGACUACUGCAUUAAAGGACUUAUUGUCUAGAAUAGACUUGGAUGAACUAAUGAAAAAAGAUGAACCACCACUUGAAUUUCCUGAUACUCUGGAAGGAUUUGAGUAUGUUUUUAAUGAAAAAGGGCAGUUAAGACACAUAAAAACUGGAGAGCCAUUUGUUUUUAAUUAUCGUGAAGAUUUGCAUAGGUGGAACCAGAAGCGCUAUGAAGCUCUUGGAGAGAUCAUUACUAAAUACAUUUAUGAACUACUGCAGAAGGAAUGCCACUUGAAGAAAGUAACUCUCCCAGUUGAUGCAACUGAGAGUGAACCAAAGAGCUUUAUCUUUAUGAGUGAAGAUGCAUUAACAAAUCCUGACAAGUUGUUGGUCCUAAUUCAUGGCAAUGGUGUUGUCAGAGCAGGUCAGUGGGCUAGGAGACUUAUAAUUAACGAAGAUCUGGACAGCGGCACGCAGAUACCAUAUAUAAAGCGAGCUAUUGAGGAAGGCUAUGGAGUAAUAGUACUGAAUCCCAAUGAGAACUAUAUUGAAGUGGAGAAGACAAAAGCCCAAGUACAGCUGUCUUCUGAUAGCUCAGAUGAACCUGCAGAAAAGAGGGAAAGAAAAGAUAAAAUCCAGAAGGAAACAAAGAAGCGACGUGACUUCUACGAAAAGUAUCGAAAUCCACAAAAAGAAAAAGAAACUAUGCAGAUGUAUAUUAGAGAUAAUGGAUCUCCUGAAGAACAUGCAGUUUAUGUUUGGGACCAUUUUAUUUCCCAGUCAGCUGCAGAGAACGUGGUUUUUGUUGCUCACAGCUAUGGUGGACUUGCCUUUGUAGAGUUGAUGAUUCAACGAGAGGCAGAAGUAAAGAAUAAGGUAACUGCUGUGGCGUUGACAGACUCUGUUCACAAUGUGUGGCAUCAAGAAGCUGGGAAAACUAUUCGAGAGUGGAUGCGAGAGAACUGCUGUAACUGGGUGUCCAGCUCUGAGCCCCUGGACACGUCGGUAGAGUCCAUGCUGCCCGACUGCCCGCGCGUCUCUGCAGGUACAGAACGCCAUGAACUAACUUCCUGGAAGAGUUUUCCAUCUAUUUUCAAGUUCUUCAGCAAGGCGAUAGAGGCAAAGAACAGCUCAGUGAAACCAACCCAAAUGCGGCGCUCCAACAGGAUAAAAUACGAAGAAUUGUAAAAGGAGGGGAACGGCGGGGAGGGGAGCACCACCAUCACCACCAACCUCUUGGCCGCUUGUUUUCUGCAAGGAGUCUCCCAGCCCCUCAUUAGAUUGUUUUCUUCCUAGAGCACAGGGUCGUGAUGUAUACAUCUAAAUAGCGUUUUGCAUUAUUUCUAGAUGAGUGCAACUGUCAAAGCAAUAUGGGUUCACUGGUUGUGCUUCCUGUGGGCUGUAACUUGGAUUUCGUGCUGCCCAUCAGCGCGCAGAUUAAGGCUGACAGUGGUACUGCAUAGUGCAGCAUGGUGCAGCUCUAAUUGCCCUGACAUAGCCCUGCACCAAGCUGAUGCCAGAAUUUAACAGCUUCGUCGUGGACCUAUCGCCUGCAGGAUUUUUUGCUGCUUCCUUCUGUUCUGAGACAGAACAAAAUUGGAAUUACUCUGUUUUUAAAAGACAGUUUUUAACUCAGAAGUGCUAACCAGCCAGUGAUUGUACACCCAGUAGCCUUCUCUUUCUCCGGGACCAAAUGGGAUCAACUCUUUACUCUCUUAUUUUCUGCUGGUAGGAGGGUCCAAGAAGUUUGGUCCAGAUUUGUAGGAAAGCCCCUUUGUUGUAGAGAUUUUCUCCUCCUGCCGGAUCAAUGGCAUUAUCUGUCGAUCUUCUCUUCCUUUUGAAAGCUCCACUUAAAAAAAUGCCUAUUCAUUAACUGGCUGGAUCACACUGUGAAAUAUGACAGGGAAAAAAAAAAAAAAAAAAAAAAAAGACGCAUUGCACAUUUUCCUGUUUAUUUUUAAAUGCAAAGAUGCUUCUGUUUUCAUAUGCCAGGUUUGUAAUGAUUUGCCAGCCCGUGGUUAUUCCCUUUUCCCUAAGCUCGCGGGUUUGUCCCCACUUUCCCAGGCGCUGGCAGGGACUGGGGAGGAGGGGGGGGGGGGUGGAGGGGGGGCGCUCUGCGUGGAGCCUUCAUGCCACGCGUGGGGCGUGGGGGGGGUGCGACAGCAGCCACCGCCGUCGCUGUCGGCAGCUUUUCUCCGCUAAAACGUCUGAUAAGCGACAAGACGUGCCUGAUAGCGUGCCCGGCAAGCGAGCGCGCUAAUUAAGCUCCUUUAGUGUUGAUGAUGCUAAAUUAAAGCGAUCUUUUCUUCAA